AGGUUACCCCAUUCCUUACCGAUAAAUCCCAGUAUAAAAUUAUAAAGCUUGAUUCUGUACAAUUAUCCGGGUAGUUAUCAUUCUCAUCAAAACCGUCGUCAUCGUGGUAUCCAAUACCGCUCUCUCGUCCUAGAUCUCUUUCGAUUGUGGUUCUGAAGAUAGAAGCCUUGGAGGAUGGCAGCUAACGAGGAAGGAGACGAGAAUACCUCUCGUGGAAAUGAGUGGGAAGUUGUAUCACUUACAGCAUCAGCCUAUGCUGCAGCUCCUGGUCCGGAAGAAGUUGAAUUGAAGGAUGAAAACAAGGAUAAUGCACAAAAAGAGGAUGAAGCAGAAACUUCUCGUGCUUUGUUCAUGUCUGAUCACUUUGUCUUUCCCCCAAGCCAACAUGAGAAUUUGCCAUUGGAGGCUGAUAAUAGUGAAAUUCUCAAUGAACAAAUUGGGGAGAGCGUUGCCUCUGUACUGGAUGUGGAAGAAGGGGAUAAAUCAGGCGGAAAGAAUGAAGAAAAUUUCAAACUUAAGGAGUUGAAUGCACCUGAAGAGUUUCCUGGAAUACAGUUUUUGGAUGACAAGGAACAGAAUAUAUACAGUGCAGAUCCUUUUAGUUCUUUGCACAGUGAAAGUGGACUUGGUGGAUCAGCUGCAUAUGGGGAGAAACUGGUUAUUCCUGAUGUAAAUGAACAGGUUGAAAGUGGAUUGGAUUACUCUACGGACACUAGCUCUCCAAAAUCUGCUAAAGAUGGUAUAUAUGAUGGGUCUGUCAUUCCAUGUGAAGCUUGGUGGAAGAGAAGGGCAGCUUCCUUGUAUACUCAUGCGAAAGAGACAAAUGCAUUUUGGUCCAUUUUCGUUGCAGCGGCAGUUAUGGGCCUUGUAAUUCUUGGGCAGCGCUGGCAACAGGAAAGGUGGCGGGCUUUGCAACUCAAGUGGCAGGCUAGCAUUCAUGAGAUGUGCUUGGACUUGUGAAGCUCUGAGCGUAUAUCAUACUACUUAUAUUGGACUGGAAAGGUAUAAUCCUGCUGGUUGAUGUGUAAUCAAUGAUACAUUCUAGACUGAUGCAAGAAUGUCUACUUGAGAAAGAGAGAAACGGGCGUGGCUACUGAGAUGCUAUCCAAUGCAAUAUUGAGCUAAAACCAAACGGGAUUUGAAAUUUAUUAGUUGAUGAAUUAACUUA